AUAACAUAAUUAUAUCAUACCAUAUACUCGUCUCAUACAAGAAUUACAUAGUCAAAAUUAAAAAAUGUCUCUCCAAAAAAUCCUCUUUUUAUCCCAUGGUACGCACGUAUUGCACAAAAAUGUGUUUCAAAAGACAAAAGUUGUCUUAGAAGUAAAAGAAAAAAAAAAUAAAAAAAAAGAAGAAAACCCAACACAACAAAACACUACACUAGUACACUACACUACCCAACUCAAAAAGAAAAAGAAAAAGAAAAGAAAAAGUUGCAAUUUUUUUACUCUCCCAAGGCUGCAACAGCAGAUAGCAUAGCAUUAGCACUGCUUGCUGCCAAAAGUUGUGGUUCUUACAUUUUUAUUAUUUUUUUAAUUACUCUAAAAUAAUUUAUUUUUUGACAUUUAAUUAAUAAAAAUAAUUUUAAAAUGACUAAACUCUCAAUCUCUCUCCCCCAUAAAACAUCUUCACCAUUUUACCAGAAAUCUCUCAACUUCAUUUAUUUGCUUAAUUUAUGAUUUUAUAUAGUUUCCCUCUAUUUUCCUUAAUUGAUUUGGUACAAACUAUAAUUAAAUUAAAUUUUAAAAAGUCAAAUAAAUAAGUAAAAUUUCAAAAAAAUAAAAAUUUACUUACCCUUAUCAUAAUUACUACCUUUUUUAUCUAACAAACUUGCUUCAAUUCAUUACAUUUUCCAUCUUCUUCUUCCAUAAAUUCAAACCCAUCUCUUCCUCUUCCCUUUCUCUUCUUCUUCCUUCCCCAUUUUCUCUCUCCUCAAAUUUAAAAAAAAAUAAAAAAAGAAAUCACAAUUUGGGUUAAAGUUUCUCUCUCUACUGGGCUUCAAUGGAGUCAUAUGAAGCAACAAGAGCAGUAUUUUCAAUGGUACAAAGCAUAGAUCCAGAAAACGCUUCAAAGAUUAUGGGUUACAUACUGAUACACCACACUGAGAAAGACAUGAUUCGCUUUGCUCAUGGAUCAGAAUCACUCAUUUUUUCUAUACUUAACAGAGCUAAAAAUGACUUAGGACUUUUAUCGAACACUUCAUCUGCAUCACCUUCAAUGGCUAAUUCUUCCCAUGCUUCUCACCCUAUUACCAUUUCUAGACCUAACCCACUUUCUCUCUCUCUUCCUUCUCCAAGACUACCCAACAAUGGGUUCAACCCUUCUUCCCCUUCUUCUCCUUCUGUUUGGGCCCACCACCAUUCUUUAAGCCCUAAUUCGCUCUCCUACGCUGCUGUUGUCAAUGGAAGCUGUAAUAAUAAUAACAAUACUAAUGGGUCUUUUUCAUCUUCUUCUGCAAUUGGGUCUCCUCAAAUUGGGUUUUCUGCAAAAAAUGAGGGUAAUUUUUUGGAUGACUACCAAUUACAGGAACAAAAUCUGGGUUUUUUGAACGACCCUUUUUCGAAAAAUGUGGAGUUUUUUGAGCAAGUACCUUCUUCCAUUGAUUUAGCAGUGAGCCCAGGUUGUAGAAGUGAUUCAAUGGGUGCUUACCCUUUCUGGGAAAACUCUUCUUCCGCAAGUAGCGCGGACAAUAGCGCGCAUUUUCAUCGAAGAAGCGCGUCUUUCAAUGAUUGUUACUAUGGAACUGAUGAUUCUACUUCUGGGUUUGGUUUUAAACCUUGUCUUUACUAUUCUAGAGGCUUCUGUAAGAAUGGUAACGCCUGUAAGUUUGUUCACGCCGGCGGUUGCGGCGGCGCCGGCGGUGGUGGGUUCUCGGAUUCCGGUGAUGAUUCCGGCCCAAUUGUCGGUUCUCCUUGUAGCAAAUACGACGCGUUUGAGCAGUGUCAAGAAGAGAUUUUUAGGUCUAAACUUGCUCAGCAACAAAGAUUAGCUGCUCAGUUAAUGUCUGGUGGUAUGAAUUUACCUUAUAAUAAGCUGAAUUUCCUUCAAACUGAAGCUCAAAGAUCUGCAGCAGCUGCAUUGAUGAUGGGUGAAGAGUUUCAUAAGUUGCACGGCCGUGUUAGGAUGUCAAGAAAUGAUUUUGCUGGGAUGUAUUCUAACCCUGGUUCAAGACAGAUUUACUUGACAUUUCCUGCUGACAGCACUUUCAAAGAAGAGGAUGUUUCUAGUUAUUUCAACUUAUAUGGACCAGUCCAAGAUGUGAGGAUUCCAUAUCAACAGAAGAGAAUGUUUGGGUUUGUUACAUUUGUCUAUCCUGAAACUGUGAAGCUUAUAUUAGCUAAAGGAAACCCUCAUUUUGUCUGUGAUUCUCGUGUUCUUGUUAAGCCUUACAAGGAGAAGAGCAAACUUCCUGACAAGAAGCAACAUCAGCAACAGAUGGAAAGGGGAGAUUUUUCGUCGUGUUCGAGCCCGUCUGGGCAUGAUUGUAGAGAUCCUUAUGAGUUUCAGCUUGGAGGAAGAAUGUUGUACAGCACUCAGGAGAUGUUACUUAGGAAGAAGUUAGAGGAGCAAGCUGAUUUUCAGCAAGCUCUUGAAUUUCAAGAAAGAAGGCUGAUGAACUUGCAACUGUUGGACUUGAAGAAUCAGCAGCACCAGCACAAUGCAUCAGUUGGUUCUCCCAUGUCCUCGCCGCAUUUUGCCCCGGCUCCCUCAAAUCAAACUGUUCCGCCUCCGUCGAAUGGGAUCAGUCAUGAUGGUUCUGAAGAGAAUAACAGUCCAACUGGGGCAUCUGAUGAGCAACUAGCUGAGGGUGGAGGAGUCAAUGCUGCUCUGAGUGAUUGUAAUGGCAAUGGGCAAAAUAAGGAGGAUAAUAGACCUAAAAAUGAAGAAAAUGAGCUGGCUGAAAGUGGCUUAGAGCACAUCCUUCCUGACAACCUCUUUGCUUCUCCUAAGAAAUCUGUCUCGGAGCACCGAUCAUCGGUUUUCCUGCCGGAGUUUGAUAAUGGCGGUGUUACUGCUACGGCCGGUUCAUCUACUGCCAGCUGUGACACCUCGAUGCCUGCCUCUUCUCCUCUCGGCUUGGCUCCGCAUAAAUCUUGUUACUUCGAGAUGCCUAGGCUUUCGCCCGGGCAAGGAGCUCUAGGAAUGUAGUUUUCAAGUUCAGCCGUGGACAGCAACUUGGGGAUUUUCCUUUAUUAAAAGUUUGACGAAUGAAUAUGCAAAAGAUAGGAAGGCAAGAGAUGGGAGGGAAAAUCCCCAAAGUUGUACAGCCAAAAACACCCAACCCAUACCCAACCCAACAACCAUCAAAAGGAAAUUAAAGUAGGAAGGUCUUCUCAGAGAUCACUAUCAUCCUUAUCAUCAUCAUUAUGAUCAUCAAAAUACAUAUAAUAGUUUUUUUUUUCCUUAAAUAUUUUGUUUUACAAGAAAAUAGAUAAAUGAAUACUUAGGGGUACAGAUAGACUGAUUUUAUGAGAGUGGGGGGUCUUUCAUGACUUUUGUACCCUCUCUGUAGGUGUGUACUGGUACUGGACCACACAAAGAUAAGCAGCAACCAAAAAAAAAAAAAAAAAAAAAAAAGGAGCUAGUUAUUUUACUAGUUUAUGAUCUAAAAGAAAAGGGAUAAGUUUGUUAGUGGUAACUUUUUGUUGAUUAUACUACUAGUUUAUAUCAUGAUAUAUAAUAGAAUUUCUACCU